AUGCCAACUUCCAAUUACUUAAUAGCCCCCAAAUCCCAAUAUCUGAUGGGAAUGGAGACAGACGACGAGACAUGGGACGACAUAGAGAUUCCUAUCUCAGGUUUAACCACGCAAGGCGAACUUGAUGAAAUGGCGAUUGACAAUGAUGAUGAAAAGAAGGAGAGUCGCACUUACCGCCAUUGCAUGAUCAAUAAUGGUUGUUUACAAUCUGAAGUCGAAAAUAUAUUAUGUGCCUCCAUAAAGGAUUCCAUCGAUGAUGUGGGCGAGGUUACGCGAGUGCCAUCAAAACUGUCGUCGUCACUUCCAUCAUCCGAUUCUGCGGUAACGAAAAUAAAUAAUUCCACUUCAAACGCAUCGAAACAUAUCAAAACGGUAAAAUCAAUCUUUUGUGCAUCCGGGUUGGCAAAAUCUACGCUAAAUGGUAACGAGGAAUUCACCGGCACCAUAACAAGAUUAGGUGAUGAAUCGAAAAAGGUUGUAGAUAUGAAUGACUGGGAUAACGACAUGGAAAUACCCGAGGCUGGAUUAUCCCCAAUUAACCUUAUCCAAACACGUUCAUUCGCUUCGAAUAAACCCAAUAAAAUCGAUAAAAUUGUUAUAAGUAAUGGUGAGCAUGAGUGUUUUGAUAAUUGGGACGAAGAAUUUCAAAAUUUUAAUCAAGGUGAACCUUGUUUACCACAAAGCCGGAGUCAAAAUAUUGUGAUCGAGAGAGUCGAAGAACCUAGUAAGAUCUCUUCGUUGCUUACGAGCGAGAAAACUGUAGAAAGCUUUGAUCAAGAUUUCGAUUUACUAGAUGUGGAUAUCAAUAAGCUCAAUCUUUCGGCAGAAACAUUAAAAGCGCAUUCGAAUGGCGGAGAGGGAUGCGAAGAUAACGUGGAUUUUUUUGACUCGGAGAGUUCUGGUACAACGACUGAAGUACAUUCUAGAAACUCCUCUAUAUUAAGUUCGCCUGUGAGCCCUUCGAGUAGAUCUCAAAGUGAAGAUGAAGGAUUUGAUGACAUUCAAUUUCCCGAAUCCAUGGAUUCCCUUAGACUUCAUCCGCACACUCUCUCGACAUGUCAAAAUUCAUCUCGAACAGGAACGAAGGCUGCAAAUUCUAAUUCUUGGAAUAUGAACAUCAAAACCCAUCGGUCUUUUGACGACGAUAGUGACGAUUGGUCCGGACUGGAAGUACAAGAUGACAAUAUCUUUGAAUCGGAAAAUAUAAAACAUAAAAAUAUCGUCUUUCGAACUGUUCCCGUACAACAGAAGAGACCAAGAAGAGAAUCAUUCACCAUUAAGUUUACACCACCUUCAUCGAUGCAACUGGCCACCGAGAAUUCUCCAAAUUUCGCUUUGGAUUCUCCUCAAAUAUGUUCUUCGUCCAUGGUCAUUGGUGACCCUCAAUCGCCAGAUUCCUCUUCAAUAAGUCCUAUCACAAUCGAUAACGAUAAUUUCAGUAACGAGCUAGAUAGUCGUGAUAUAACCUCUUCACCAAAUGGAUUUACGACAAAAAAAUUGAUGGCGCAAAAGGAUUCAACAGGAUCAACUGCAUUGGUUUCUAAAAGAGUGACAUCUCGUCCAAAAAGAGAAGCUGUUGUAUCGGCAAAAACUUCUUCCGCAACUUCUUCCUUGCAAGGAUACAAAGCGAACGUCACUCCAUCUAAAAACGACACCUUACUAAAAGUAUCUGGGAUUUCUUCGAAACCCAAGGAAAAAGGAAAAUCUUCAAUGACGCCAAGUAAAAAAAGCUUAUUGAAAAAAACAAAUUCUAGUAUUAAUGCUACCAUUCGUAGUACGAAGGAGAAUCUCAGCUCGCCAAACGUAAAUCACAAGAAAUCUUUGAGUAUAUGUAGUAGAUCCACGUGCAGCGAUUCAUCUGAAAAAUCUGCAAUUUUGAAUUUUUCGUUAAAGUCCUCAACGAAAAAUUCAAAGAUAUUAUCGUCACCAUCUUCAUCUGCAAAUAAGAAAUCUUCUGGUUUGACGUCCACAGGAUCUUUAUCUGUCACCAAAAAUAAUGCCGUUAAUGGUAAAACAUCUCAACCUCGCUCAAAAUCUUCUCCAACCACCAAUGCUAUUUCCCAGAAAAUUACCAAAAGUCAGCCAGAUGCUCAAUUUUUUGGUAAUUCUAAUGGGGGUUCACCAUUAAUUUAUAAACAAAUCAAAUCAAAGAAUUAUGGUGAUGGCACGGAAUUAGAUAAGUUUGACGAUUUGCCCAUAUGUUUGGAAAAGGAGAGAGAUUUUAAGGCUCAUCCUACAUCACCCGUGUUAAAUGCGACAAAUACUAACGACGAUAAUGUAAUCGACGAAAUGGUUUAUGACCCGAUUUCGCAAAGGUGGGAUGGUAAUGAAUUGGUGCUUAAAGAUUUUGAACCAUCAUCUACUCGCCUAGGCCUCAUCACAAAUAUGAGUCCUUCAACCAACACGAAGUCCCUACAAGGUGAUUAUGAUAUGGUUUUCGAUACAAAGAAAAUGUGUUGGUUCCGCAAGGGUGAAGAAGAAGAGUGCUUGUCGUUAUUCGACUUCGAAUCUGAUUGCGACGAAGAUAAUGCAUUAAUUAAACAUCCCACAGUCGGUGGAUUCGCAAUGGACGGGUGCGGCGGAUACGAUAAUAAUGAGUUGACUCUCUCGCCACAAGCAUUUAGUGACAACGAAAACUUGAUAACAAGUAAAAAGGGGCGAAGACAAAUAUUGGACAGAAAUGCAAGCAAUAGCGGUGAGACCGGAGGCAUGGAGUCUGGUGGCAAUGAAUUUCAGGUUGGUUCGGAAUUCGAGAUGUCAAAAGGAUUCCUCAAAUCCUUGAUGGCAUCGGAAAGGCAACAUCGGAAAGAGAUGAAUCAUUGGUACCCAGCCAUCAGAAGUAUUAGCAAUGAACAAAGAUUCGGGUUGAAGGAUAAUAGUUUUCAAAAAGGAUUUCUGUAUGAGAUUAGGAAAUCCAAUAUGGAAAAUCGAAUUAAUAUAAUAAAAAAACACCAAAAGGGCGGCGGUCUUAACAAUUUCUAUUCCUCGUUUCGCGAAAAAUCAGCCUCGCCGAGGUGUAAUGAGCGUCCACAUUUCAGAUGA